AUGUCAACUACACAGACCUCGCUCGCCGAAGCCGAGGCCUAUCCCAUGACGGAGCUCCGCCGUCCUCGGCCCAAAGACGCGGAAGCUUCGCCCGUAGAAGACGCCCCGACCGACGUGGAUAUCGCUAGAAGCGAGCCCGCGACGCCGUUUCUCAAGUUGAUUGUUGCGGGGUACUCGUUCUUCUGCGCCGGGGUGAACGACGGCACGCUUGGGCCUUUGAUCCCGUAUAUUAUUUCCAGCUUCGGGAUCGGUACGGGCGAGAUCGCUAUCAUCUACGGAACGACCUUCGCGGGCUGGCUCCUCGCCGCUGUUACCAACCCCAUCAUGACGGCACACAUGACUCUCGGGCAACUCCUCGGCGUCGGUGCCGUGUUACAGCUACUAGCACAUUGUCUGCGGCCGUGGAGCCCACUGCCCCUUUUCUGCAUCACGUUCUUCCUGCAGGCGCUCGGCAUGGCGUACCAGGACUCGCACUCGAACACGUUCGUCAGCGGGCUCAAGAACGUGCCGCAUCGCUGGCUUAGCUUUAUACACGCAUGCUACGCCCUAGGCUGCUUCAUCGGCCCGCUCAUCGCUACUGCCAUCGCCACGAGCACCAACACCAUGGCCAUCGACGGCUGGAAGCGCGUGUACUUGGUGCUAAUCGGGAUCUCGGUAGUAAACGUAGCCGGCGUGGUCGUCGCUUUUCGAGACUCGCUCUGGAGCCGGUUAAACGCUGCUCCCACCACCACAGACACAGUCCUGCGACAGAAACGCAACCGCGCCGCUAUGACGGAUAUGGCCCGCCUGCUCAAGUCCAAGACUCUCUGGCUGAUCAGCAUGUUCUACUUCUUCGAGCUCGGGGCCAACUUCACGGCCGGCGGCUGGGUCGUCGAGUUCUUGACUACCGUGCGCGGCGGUAGCCUCUCGGCUAUCGGAUACGUACCGACUGGGUUUUACGGCGGCAUGUUGGCGGGUAGGUUGUUGUUGGCCGAGCCGACGUUUCGGUACGGCGAGCAGCGCAUGUUGUUGGUGUAUAGUGUGCUGUGCAUUGCGCUGCAGCUUGUGUUCUGGCUGCAGCCGAAUAUUGUUGGAAGCGCUGUGGCGCUGAGUUUUAUCGGGUUCUUUACUGGGCCUUUUUUUGCUACUGGCAUGUCAGUCGCUUCGAAACUCUUCCCUCGGGAAUCACAACCUGCCGCUCUAGGUUUUAUCUUCGUACUCGCGCAAGCCGGGGGCGCUUUGUUCCCUUCCAUCACGGGUCUAAUAGCGACGAACGCAGGCGUAGCUGUAUUGCAGCCCAUCGUAUUAGCGCUGUUCGUUGUCGGCGGAAUCAGCUGGUGGCUCGUGCCGAAGGUACAGCAACGAAACGAAUAG